AUGUCUUCAAACAACCGUAAGAAGCUGUUGCUUAUGGGCCGGUCGGGUUCAGGGAAAUCUUCCAUGAGGUCUAUCAUUUUUAGCAAUUACUCUGCGUUCGACACUCGACGCCUAGGUGCAACAAUUGACGUCGAGCAUUCACAUCUUAGAUUCCUUGGAAAUAUGACGCUUAAUCUAUGGGACUGUGGUGGCCAGGACGUAUUCAUGGAAAACUACUUUUCGCAACAAAAAGAUCACAUCUUUCAAAUGGUUCAAGUGUUAAUUCAUGUAUUUGAUGUGGAGUCCCAAGAAGUCAUUAAAGACAUCGAAAUAUUCACUAAGGCGCUCAAACAACUCAAGAAAUAUUCACCAGAUGCCAAGAUCUUUGUGUUGCUGCAUAAGAUGGAUUUGGUUCAGCGUGACAAAAGGCAGGAACUCUUCCAAAUCAUGAUGAGUAAGCUGCAAGAGACUUCAUCGGCAUAUGGCUUUCCAAACCUAGUCGGUUUCCCGACGUCUAUAUGGGAUGAAAGUCUUUACAAAGCGUGGUCUCAGAUUAUAUGUUCCCUGAUACCUAACAUGGCUACAUAUCAAUCAAAUUUGAAGAAAUUGAAGUCCGUAAUGGGUGCACGAGAGAUUAUCCUCUUUGAGAAAACAACAUUCCUGGUAAUAUGCUCCAGUAACACUGUUAGCGGAGAGCUUUUGGACCCUAAGAGAUUCGAGAAAAUUUCUAAUAUCAUGAAGAACUUCAAACAAAGCAGUAUGAAGCUGAAGAGUUCGUUCAAAACCCUGGUUCUUAAUAAUACCAUAUAUGUCAGUGAGCUGUCAUCUAACAUGAUGUGCUUUAUAGUACUAAACCACUCGGACGACCCUCAGGACUUGAUCCUGGAAAACAUUAAAAAGGCUAAAGCUCACUUUCAAUAG